AUGGCCGCCUCCGCAGCAAACGGCGUUGGCGGCAACGCUCUGGGUCUCGAUCCCAAGAAGGGCGUAUACCUCGCGUACGCGGAGGUCGUCGAAUGGUUCGGCUCGGAGCACGAUGAAGCGGCCGCGGGCUUGUACGAUCAUUUCAACUACAUGGGCGAUGCCGCCGGCUUCCAGGCCGUUUAUCCCGGGUACGGUGCGGCGAACGAGGCGAAGUUGUUGUCGAUUUCGAGGAAGUACGAUCCAACUAGGACAUUCCAGACUCUCUUGCCUAGGGGUUUUAAGAUUGGAGCGUAA